GACUCUCACCACCACACCUUCGCUGCAGACCCAUUGCGGGAGGAUUAUGGAGGCACAGCGAUAUCCCAUCAGCAUCCGACUCAUCGGAAUGAUGCACAAAGAGAAGAACAAGCUGUACAUGGCCUCAGUACUUUGGUCGGACCAGAAUGACAUCGUAGUUUACCGCAGUUUCAAGGACUUCAAAAAAGUGCAUAAGCAGAUGAAGAAAGCGUUCCCACCUGCAAAUCCACUGAAAAAAUCGGACCGAAUCAUUCCACGAUUUCGAGAUCAAAGAAUGAAGAGGCGCACAAAGAGGAAUGGCCCCACAAAGUCAGUGGUCCGUCUGAAGUUCUUGGAGCAAUACUGCAGCGAACUCCUGAGCUGCGACCCGCGCGUCUCGCAUUCUGCAGAACUCAUCCAGUUCUUCCAACCUCAAGACCAGGACCUCCAGCCGGACUUCGCCAAGAACAGCAUCAUGGUCAUGCCGUCGGAUGAUGUCAGCGCCGGAAGCGAAAGGCACGCCACCGUCGGCAAUGUGACCCAGCCGUUUGUGACAGAAACAUACGUGUGUGUGGCCCCUUACGAGACCAAGGACACCAAGAACAAACCCUUCAAAGUGUCGAUGAACGAAAAAGUGGACGUGCUCAUCAAAGACAACGCAGGGUGGUGGCUGGUGGAAAACGAAGCCAAGCAUUUGGCUUGGUUCCCUGCCCCUUACCUGGAGAAGUUAGACGACGAGGAGUAUGACGACGACAUGGAUGGACAUCAUGGGACAGGUCUGCUGUACAGAGCAGUCAAGAGCUACAAGGCCACCAAAGGAGAUGAGGUGUCUGUGGGCAUUGGUUCAGUGGUGGAGGUCCUGCAGAAGUCCAACAAUGGCUGGUGGCUCAUUAGAACUAAUGGUAAGGCAGGUUAUAUACCCGUUAUGUACCUGAAGCCCUACAACAGCCCCCAUAUCCAGAUGGCCGCUCUCCAACAGGACCUACGCAACUCGACCCUCAACCUGUCCCAGCUCCAACUCCCGUCUGCCCCCGGCCCUUCACACCCCUCCCGCGAGAUCAGCCGCUCUCAGGGCGACCUCCUGCAGCUCCCCGGCGCUAGCCCCCCCUCCGCCCCCGGUCAGCUCCAACUUGCCGACAAGCUCAGGUCCCGCUCAAUGAACGCUCUGUUCGAAAGCCGCCCAGCCCUGCCAGCUGUAACCGCCCCGCCCUCUAGUGCAGAGAACGACACGACCACCGACGUGGUUAAACACGCCGCUACGCCCACUAUCACGGUGGAGCUAGACGGAGAGGAGGAUACGCGAGGGAGGAGCCCAACAGUGGACAGCGAGGAAAGCUUGGGAACCGACAGCGACUUCAGCUUCAGCGAUGGCCCCAGUUCCUCUCUGGACGGCUCUAUGCUCAACCUGAGCGACGGUCUGGCAGAGGAACAACUGCGUCUCAGCCGUACCCCUCCACCCAUGAGCUCCAGCCACCUCAGUCCUGACAGGAGCACGGGGGCCAAAUUGAACACCAGCGUCUCUGAGCCGACCCUUUUCAAGAAGCCCGCAGUACCCAAGGUGCCACCGAGGCCCCGCGCUCAGGAGAUCCUCACGCGCUGCAGCACCGUCACCCGCAAGAAUGCCGCCAAGAUUGGGCUUCCACUGGCACACGUCCAGAUCGCUAGCUGCUGAGGUUUCCCAUGAUGUCGUUUUGCCAUCCGGUGAGGUGCACCGUGUCCUUAGGCCUCAAGACAAGAGAGAUCUGCAGCUUGAAACACUUGCUACACGGUUCAGGUGCAACUCGGAAGACCUGAAAGACUGUUAUCGCAGAACGGUUGGGUUGUGUAGGACACAAUGUAGUCCUGAGAAGAAAGAUGCCUCAGUGCUACUGACAGUUUUGGUUAGAGCUGGGCGAUAUAUCGAUAUCAUGAGACUAGCUAUCACCUGGGAUUUUGGAUAUCGUGAUAUGGCAUAAGUGUGGUCUGGUUUUAAAGGGCUGCAUUACAGUAAAGAGACGUAAUUUUCUGAACUUGCCAGACUCUUCUAGCUGUUCUGUUAUUUACCUUUACCUGCUUAGUUACUAUAGAAGCAUUGCUGAUGAUUGUUGAUCAGAAAUCUGAUUGUGUAAACGUUUUGUGAAAGCACCAAUAGUCAUCCCCAAAAUAUUGUCACGAUAUCGAUAUCGAGGUAUUUUGGUGCAGAAAUGUGGUGAUAUUUGGUCUUGUCCGUAUCGCCCAGCUCUACUUUUGACCUUACUGUAUGGUCUCUGAAUGGUAGUAGCAUCAACAUGACUAUGGUGCCACCGACAGUAAUGAGGAAAAUCCCAUCAAUACCGAAUGUUCAGUGCCGAUCUUACAGAGACUGUUUAAAGAUGUGGGAUGGGAAUAAUUUACACGGGUCUUGUUUUCAUUCUGCUUGCUUUUUUCCCCCGCUUCUUUCAAAUCUACUAAAAAAUAUUUUACUCUGCAACGUCUGAAGAAAAAUUUGCAUGUACGAACAAGAACUCGAUUUUAAAUGGGCUUUUAGGGAGGUUUGCAGAUGGGACUAUGUUCAUCCUGGUUAGGCGACUCGUUUUCUCUUGACUACUAAAUUAGUUAAGUCAGCUAUGUCUAAUGACAAGUUCCAUGUAUGAACAAGAUAUUUUGUUAUUGUAAUCUAAAUGUAAUUAUUCUCUUGUUGCCUAUCCUGUCACUGAAUCCAUUUUAAAAACUUGACAUUAUGCCCCGUAUGAAUAAAUGUUGCUAAAAACAAAACCUUUUUUCCCUGGAAUAUUACACCUGGAUACUUCUUGUAAGCGUGCAAUAAAAAAAAGUUUGUAAAAAAAA